CCUCCAAGAGACCAGUUUUUUGCAAAAAAUCGAAACAAUGAAGUUGAUUUUGGCAAUUGUUCUCUUUUCGGGAUUGUUAGUGCAAGAAGUGGAUUUAUGUGGUAACAUAUUAUGUCACUUGAUGAAACCACAAGGAGGAUGUGGAUGUGGAUGCAAUAAUAAUAAUAACAUUUUAGAAUUGUUAUCCAUGAUGAAUAGUCCAUGUGAAAUGAACUCUCUAGUAACAAUGUUUAGAUGUGGAGCCAUGAACAUCACUAUUGACCCUCUUAAAGGAUGCAUGAAGUGUAAAGAAUCGAUGAGUAGAGAAAAUAAUCAAACGACGACAAUUGUACCGACAACAGAAUUGCCAACGACGACAGAAACUACCACUGUGCCCACAACGACGAAGACAACAACAGUACCGACGACGACUGUUACAACAACAGUACCGAUGACGACUGUUACAACAACAACUGUUAAAACAACAAUGCCGACGACGACAAUGCAAGCAACAACAAAAGCACAUACGCAACACACGACAAAAGACAUGAAUACUUAUGACAAUGGAAACAAGCAAAACCAAAGUAACUCUAAAGCGAACAUGGCCAAUACAAGCAGCAAUAAUAGUUCAUCUUCUAACACUGGAUCUGGCGGAAUUGGUGACAAUGGGAAUUCAUCUUCUCAAUCCAGCAGUUCGCAUUCUGAGAGUCAUAGUUCUUCCAGCUCUUCUUCGAAUAAUGGCGGAACUUCCGGUUCUACGAAUGGUAAUGGAAAUAAUGGAACAACAACUCAUACAGAGACCAAUACCAGCAGUUCACAUACUGAAACCCAUACCAGCGGUGGAAAACACAUUGGUGGAAAUGGUGGUAAUGGAAACAACAGUACACAAACUGUCGCUCAUACCGACCAAAAUGGUAGUCAAACUAGUAUUACUACUAAUAAUAAUGGAACCAGUGGUCAUAAUGGCACCAAAGGGAAUACAAAUGGUUCUAAUGGGGGAACAACACAUACGGAGACACAUACAAGUAAUUCACACACAGAGACACACACUGGUGGUGCAGGGGGUCACGGAGGUAAAAAUUCUUCUAGUUCAAGUAGCUCCAGCAGUAGUUCAAGCAGCAGUAGUAGUAGUACUAGUUCUUCUAGCAGCAGUACAAAUACUAAUGGUACGAAUGGUCAUGGUGGAAAGGGGGGAGACAACACCAGUACACAUACUAGCACUCACACUGAAACACACAGCAGUACUACUAACAACAGUCUAAACAACAACGGAAAUAAGGGAAAUAACUCUGGAAAGCAAACUUCUUCCAAUAAUAAUUCAAAUAGUAGCAACAGUACUACGCAGUCUAAUUCUAAUAACUCUGGUAAACUCAAUUCGUCAGCUAAUAAUUCCGGUAGCAGCAACAAUGCUUCGCAAUCAAACACUAACAAUAGUGGAGCCAAAAAUACAAAUUCUAAUCCUGGCAACCAAAGCAACAACAGUUCUGGCAAAAACAGUACAGCUGGAAGUAAUUCUUCCGCAAACACAAGCACUUUGAAUUCAGCAAAUAACAGUAACUCAUCUAACAAAAACUCUACGGCAACAAAUACAAAUACUAGCAAUACAGCAAAUCAAAUGUCAACUAACAACAAACAAACAACACAGAACGAAAAUUCUAAUUCAAAUAGUUUAAAUCAAAAUUCAUCUUCAAAGAAUAGUACAUCUAGUCAAAAUACCAACCAAAGUUCAAAUACAGCUAACAAUAGUAACAAUUCAAAUAAACAAUCAUCAAGCAGUGCUCAAGCGUCAACGUCAGCUGUAAAAAUGCAUACUACUAAACGUAUGACAACGACUACAUUAAAACCUACUACGACCCAAAAGCCUACAACCACACCAAAACCGACUACGACCCAAAAGCCAACAACUACACUAAAACCGACUACGACCAAAAAGCCUACAACUACACCAAAACCGACUACGACCCAAAAGCCAACAACUACACCAAAACCGACUACGACCCAAAAGCCAACAACUACUUCAAAGCCUGCAACGACUCAUAAACUUACACCUAAACCCCACCAUCAUCAUAACCACCGGACCAGGCCUGUACAGAAAAUAAUCACAACCCAGAGGCCAAAACCCACGACUACCAAACCAACAACCACAACACCAAAACAAACAACAGCCGUUCAUAAAAUUCAUAAAACUCACCGCCCUGGUCCAACACCACCUACUAUUCCUCCUACAACUACUGCUCCAACUACAAUUCAUAAAAUAGUAAAAACGCACCGCCCAGGACCAACCCCACCAACCAUACCACCAACAACCAAGGCGCUAUCUACAACACAUAAAAUGGUGAAAACACAUCGUCCAGGACCAACUCCUCCAACCAUACCCCCAACUACGCAUGCUCAAACAACACGUGCUGGACCUACGCCACCUACAAUACCAGCAAGUACUGCUGGACCGACACCACCGACAAUGCCUGGAAAAACCGCUGGACCAACGCCACCUACAGUUGUUACAAAUACUGACGGAGUAGUCAAAAAUAAAGUUACAACACCUAUGAUAAACAUUAUCAUAAAAACAACAACGCCAGGCUGUCCCCCGUAUGAUGGUUCCACAUGUCCUUCAGAUUGUCAGUCAUAUGACAUGGAUUUCUGUCCAAUUUGUGACUAUUCUAUUUGUAGCGCAACCAAACCAUAAGGUUUCGUGGUAGUGUCAUUUUGUACAACAGGUCACCAGUCUGCAGUUCAAAAGACGUGAACAAAAAGAAAUUUCUUAUAAUGAAAUACAUAAAAAUUAAAGUUGAAUGACUCAAACAUUA